AUGGCUGCCUCCAAAGAAAUGGCUGUGAAAGAACCUCAGCCAUCUGAAAUUCGUGAAAUUGAAGAACCGAAAACCAUUGUGGAUAUCAUGAACCAUAUCCAGGCUAUCUCUAAAGCUAUUCAAAGUCUGGAAAAGAAGUUUGAUGACAUGAAUAACAAAGUAACGAAGAUUUAUUACUCUCGUUCCAGAUCCUUUUGGCAUUACCCUCCUUUAAAGUCAGUAGUUAGAAGAUACAAUUACCUGUCAUCUAAAAGACUUAAACUCAUGAAAGAGAGCCGAGUAGAUCAGGAAGACACUUACUCCUUUCCUCAAAGUUACAGUCCAACUUCACCAGUCCGCAGAAGGGAUGAAGAGAGCCUUGAUAUAGAGAACGAUGAGAUUAUAGAUUACACCCGGACGUACCAGUACUCUGAUUCUGUUGACAACGCCCAGAUGUUCCAGUACCCUGAUUCUAUUGACAAUGCCCAGACGUACCAGUACUCUGAUUCUAUUGGCAACGCCCAGACGUACCAGUACUCUGAUUCUAUUGGCAACGCCCAGACCUUCCAGUAUGCCGAUUCUAUCGACAAUGCCGAAAGUAUCCAGAACACUAAGAAUGAUGCUGUUUUCCAUUAUGAAGAUUCCCAGAGAGUGGUGUGUAUCAGUUCAUCAGAGAGUGACUUUCAAGCAUCUCCACUGAGUCCUAUAUAUACUGCCCAAAACUACCAACAGUAUUGCCGAUUUAAAAAAUCUCCUGGCUCUUCUACAAUGACCCACUACAGUGACUUGGAAAAUCCCAACUUGGACACCACCACUUCUUCCACUUCAACAAUGAUGAAAGAAAGCACCCUACCUCAAGGGGAGCUCAUCCCCAUCCAGAAUCCUGAAAUGAAGCGAUUGGCCUUACUGGAGGCCCAGAGUACACCUGUGAUUGAUCCUAAUACUUUUGGUUUGUCAUCCAAAUGUACCAAAGCUGUUGUGAGAGACCUUGGAAAGCCUUUAAACUGGUCUGUGAAUGACGUGAUAACAUUUCUGAACCGUUUAGAUCCUCCGUUGGCAGAUCAACUCUACGCCACCAUCAGAGAACAUGACAUUGAUGGGAAAGCCUUGCUGUUGCUCAGUACUGAUGUAAUGAUAAAAUAUGUGAGGAUGAAGGUGGGAGUAGCCUUGAAGCUCAGCAGCUACAUUCAAAAGCUUAAAAAAGGAGUAAACUGUAAGCCCGAAGUAACAUAUGGGCCCACUUUGGCUAGAAGUGACUGUGUGAGCUCACCUGCCUGGGUGGGCAUAGGUGUGAAUGACCAGUCUGCUGGUAUGGACAGUGUCAGAGGUCCUUGCAGGAAUUAUAAAGGUUCCAAGGACCCUGGUGCAGACGAAGAAGUGGCACUAGCCCCUGGACUUCACUUGCAAGUGCUCAUUGCCGUGAGUCACUGGUUGGGUUUAAAGCCUCUUCUUACUGCCACACCAUUGAUUAAGGGACUCUCACUGGUGCUUCUCUUGGAUAUGCUGUUGUCCUGUGUGGUGGAGAUCCUGCAGUUUUGCAUCUGUAGCCUGAAUCAAGGAGCAGCACCGGAGUCUGGCUCAUUCACACUCACACAAGAACCAGCUCUACUGCCUUGUCAAGCCAAAGUACAGGGCCCUCUCUCCCACGUGGCAGACAAGGAGGGGCAGGGUCAACUCCCCUGCUCUCAUACCCUCGCCCAGCUCACCUGUGCCACCACCAGCAUGGUCAGCUUUAGGGUGCUGUCCUGGCAGGGUGUAUGGCCCCCUCUCCUAUGUGCUGCAGUCAGUGAUGGAUAG